GCUGGUAAAGCGAUCGAUCCGACCAGGUUGCAAUCCGCAGUCCCAACGACUCUGCAGUUCCUGUAUUUUUUUUAUAGACUCAAGAGCCUGCCUUCCUACCCCUUACAGUAGUUCCAGGUUGUUUUGUUCUGCAUGGCCGUUUCCAUGAUUUUCGCUGGUUAGCUUCUCCAACAUGACUCGGCUUAUAGACAACGCCCAGAUACGAUCUGCGGCCCUUAGAAAACCUCUCCCAGUCCAACUGCACGCCUAUGUCUGGCCCUUCCUCAUCAUAUGGCCGGCGUUCCUUGCCUUCUAUCUCUCCCCCGAACGAUACGACAAAUACAUUCAGGGCUCCGAGUGGACCUUCGUCUGGGCUGGCUCAAUAAUUACGCUUCAAGCUUUGCUAUGGUUGAUGACCAAAUGGAACGUCAAUAUCGAUGCCCUCUUCACUACCACCGCUGCAAAAUCUGUCGACGAUGCCCAGCUCAUCAAGGUCCUUCCCGUGGCUAACGCUGGAUCGGCGGAGAUCUGUCCGUUGAUUACAGAGUACACUGGCGGAAGGAACCAUCUUUCGUUCAUUUUCCAGAAACGUCGUUUCUUGUACUAUCCCGAGAAAAAGUCCUUUGCCCCUCUUUCAUAUGCUCUCGACGUCGAACCGAAGCCACUUUUAAGAGAGUUUCAGGAAAGCCGCGGGUUAACAUCCCCCGCUCAAAUCGAACACAUCCAGAACCAUUAUGGCGAUAAUACAUUCGAUAUCCCGGUACCGACCUUUGUCGAGCUAUUCAAGGAGCACGCCGUUGCCCCGUUUUUCGUUUUCCAGGUCUUCUGCGUUGGGUUGUGGCUCUUGGAUGAAUAUUGGUAUUAUUCGCUGUUCACACUAUUUAUGCUCGUCGCAUUUGAGAGUACGGUUGUGUGGCAACGUCAAAGGACCCUGAAUGAAUUCCGAAGCAUGAGUAUCAAACCAUACGAUGUCUGGGUGUACAGAGAAAAUCGUUGGGUUGAGAUCAGCAGUGAUAAAUUGCUCCCCGGUGAUUUACUCUCUGUGAAUCGCACGAAGGAAGACAGUGGUGUUGCAUGUGAUAUUCUCAUGAUUGGCGGUAGCGCGAUCGUCAAUGAGGCUAUGCUCUCAGGAGAGAGUACCCCUUUGCUGAAAGACUCUAUCCAGUUACGUCCAGGUGAUGAAAGCAUUGACCCUAACGGACUUGACAAGAACUCGUUCCUCUACGGAGGUACAAAGGUCCUGCAAAUUAGUCAACCCAGCUCUACCUCAGAUGAGAGUGCCAACGUCCGAUUCAACGCCCCGCCUCCUCCCGAUAAUGGAGCCCUCGGUGUUGUAAUCAAGACCGGGUUCGAGACCAGCCAGGGUAGUUUGGUUCGCACUAUGAUAUACUCGACAGAGCCGGUAUCUGCCAACAACGUGGAAGCACUGUUGUUUAUCCUGUUUUUGUUAAUGUUCGCCAUCGCAGCAUCCUGGUAUGUCUGGCAAGAAGGGGUUUCUAAGGAUCGAAAGAGAUCGAAAUUGCUGCUAGACUGCAUCUUAAUUGUCACAAGCGUCGUGCCGCCAGAACUACCAAUGGAGUUAAGUUUAGCCGUCAACACUAGUCUCGCCGCACUCAGCAAAUACGCCAUCUUUUGCACCGAGCCGUUCAGAAUUCCAUACGCUGGGCGUGUUGACAUCGCUUGUUUCGACAAAACUGGAACUUUGACUGGAGAAGACCUCCUGGUGGAAGGUAUCGCAGGUCUGACUUUGGGACGAAAGGGUGCAGCUGUGUCACCAGAUGGGGCACACACUCAAGUUACAAAAGUCGAAGAUGUGAAUGACGAGACUACCCUUGUGCUUGCUACUGCCCACGCACUUGUUAAGUUGGAUGAAGGAGAAAUCGUUGGUGACCCAAUGGAAAAAGCGACACUCACCUCACUGGGGUGGAAACUUGGCCAACAUGAUGUGUUGACUAGCAAACCAGGAGCUCCUGCCAGAGUUGGAGGGCGAGUGCUAGAAUCUGUUCAGAUUAAGCGGCGAUUCCAGUUCUCGUCUGCUUUGAAACGACAGAGCGCGGUGGCAACCGUCACUAGCACAGAUAGACAAUCGGCGAAGAGAGUCAAAGGUACCUUCGUCGGAGUGAAGGGUGCCCCCGAAACAAUCAGCACUAUGCUCGUCUCCGUCCCUCCCUACUACGAGGAGACAUUUAAGUACUUUACCCGCAAUGGAGCUAGAGUCCUUGCGUUAGGCUACAAGUACCUGAAUUCCGAGGCAGAGUUGAGCCCCGGGCGAAUCAACAAUUUAAAACGUGAAGAUGUUGAAGCCAAUUUACAUUUUGCGGGUUUCCUAGUUCUUCAAUGCCCUUUGAAGGAAGACGCUGUCAAGGCUUUGCAAAUGCUCAACGAAAGCAGCCAUAGAGUGGUUAUGAUCACUGGUGACAAUCCCUUGACCGCAGUUCAUGUCGCGAGACAAGUAGAAAUCGUGGAUCGGGAUACGCUUAUUCUCGACGCCCCAGAGCACGACACUUCAAAAACAAGGCUUGUAUGGCGCAGCAUCGACGAUAAGUUUUGUGUUGAUGUCGAUCCUACAAAGCCGUUAGAUGAGACAAUCCUCCAGACAAAAGACCUCUGUGUGACAGGGUACGCUUUGGAAAAGUUCCGUGGCCAGAAGGGUCUUCGUGACCUUCUUCGCCAUACUUGGGUGUAUGCACGGGUAUCACCGAAGCAAAAGGAAGAUAUUCUUCUAGGCAUGAAGGAUGCUGGCUACACAACGUUGAUGUGCGGCGAUGGUACCAACGAUGUCGGCGCCCUAAAGCAGGCCCAUGUCGGUAUUGCGCUCCUAAACGGGACACCUGAGGAUCUCAGUAGGAUUGCUGAGCAUUUCAGAAUGACUAAAAUGAAAGAAAUAUAUGAGAAGCAGGUUUCUCUUAUGCAAAGAUUUAAUCAACCGACGCCUCCAGUGCCUCUGCACAUUGCUCAUCUCUACCCACCAGGACCUAACAACCCAAAUUACGAGAAAGCUAUGCUUCGUGAAGCCGAAAAGAAAGGUCCAGCCGCCGUUGCUGCUCUGCAACAAGCAAAUGGAAUUCCUACUAUUGUCUCCCCAGGUGCCCAAGCCCUCCAGCAAGCCAACGCCAACCUUACACCUCAGCAACAUCGCGAGCAACAAGCGAAAGUUGCUGCCGCUGGACUUGCAGAUAGGCUCACCUCAACUAUGAUGGAGCAAGAAUUAGACGAAGAUGAGCCACCGACACUCAAGUUGGGUGAUGCAUCUGUAGCUGCACCUUUUACCAGCAAACUAGCCAAUGUAAUCGCCAUUCCAAAUAUCAUUCGCCAGGGUCGGUGCACUCUAGUCGCGACAAUUCAAAUGUACAAAAUUUUGGCAUUGAACUGCCUCAUCAGCGCUUAUAGUUUAAGCGUCAUAUAUCUUGAUGGUAUCAAAUUUGGAGAUGGGCAAGUCACGAUCAGCGGCAUGCUCAUGAGCGUUUGUUUCUUAUCUAUCUCUCGAGCAAAGCCAGUCGAAGGGCUUUCCAAGGAACGUCCACAGCCAAACAUCUUCAACGUCUACAUUGUCGGCUCUGUCUUAGGACAGUUUGCUAUUCACGUAGCUACGCUGAUCUAUCUUUCUCAAUAUGUCUAUUCCAUAGAACCGCGCCAUGAGAACAUCGACCUUGAAAAGGAAUUCGAACCUACUCUUCUUAAUUCGGCCGUUUAUCUACUUCAGCUCAUCCAGCAGAUCUCGACCUUUUCCAUUAAUUACCAGGGCAGGCCCUUUCGCGAAUCCAUCCGUGAAAAUCGUGGUAUGUAUUGGGGUCUUACGCUGACUUCACUGGUCACGUUUUCAUGUGCUACCGAAUUCAUCCCCGAGCUUAACGAAAAGCUGCGCCUGGUGCCAUUCACCUUUGAGUUUAAAGCUGUGCUGACAACGUUGAUGAUUGUGGACUACGCGGGAUGCUGGCUGAUAGAGAAUGGGUUGAAGAGGUUUUUCAGCGAUUAUAGACCAAAGGAUAUCGCGAUUAGACGGCCGGAUCAGAUCGCACGCGAAGAGGCAAGGAGGCUGAAAGAGAAGGAGGAAGAGGAGAGAGAAAAAGAAGCCACGAGGAAAAUUUAAGAUUUUCCACAAUUCGUAAUAAUACUUGCCUGCUGUCUACUUUUUGAUAUUCGACCCUUUGUGUUACUUAGUUUGAUUUAGAUAGAUUCAUUUCGCUUCCGUCUAGAUAGGGCAUAGAUUAAUAACAGCUACUCAUGUGCUCAA